GAUUAAUGAAUAUUAUCUUUAUUUAUACAUGAUGAAUUUAAGACUUCAACUGAUUUCUAUUUUCCUCACAGUGAAAAUUGGUUUUAUAUCAUGUAUAUCAGGUGGUAAUAUAUGCGACCUACCAAAGGCUGUUGGUUCAUGUAAAGCAGAAAUACAAAGAUAUCAUUAUGAUGUUAAAACUAGUCAGUGUAGAAGAUUCAAAUAUAGUGGCUGUUGGGGAAACAAUAAUAAUUUCAAAACGAGACGAGAUUGCGCAACUGCAUGCCAUAAACGAGUAUGUACGUUACCAAAGUUAAUUGGAAAGGGGGAUUCAAAAUCUCCGAGAUGGUUUUAUAAUCCCACGACAAUGCUGUGUGAAAAGUUUAUGUAUGGUGGGAAAAAAGGCAAUGAGAACAAUUUUAGAACCGAAAGACGAUGUGAGCAACUAUGUGAUGGCGUUAAGGAGCAUCCAUGUACACCACACCCGGGAUGUCCACGGCCAUUACCAGGUAUUUGUCGGGGCUAUAUAUAUGAUAUCGUCAAUGGCGUAAAGUGUUUUGCUGGAUGCACAAAUCCAAGUUGUAAAAAGGGUUCAUGUCCGUCUAGCCCCCCAGACCUUCCAUGUAAGUCAAGAUGCGACCUAGAAAGUGAUUACCAAUGUCCAGGUGAUCAACUCUGUUGUCAGGAACGAUGUUGUCGGGAUCCAAUUUUAGAACCGAAGACGGGUUAUUGCCCAGAAGAUCCGAAACCAAGAAAUUGCUAUUUACGAAACUCCCAAUGUGAAUCAGAUAGUCAAUGUAAAGGGAAACGGAAAUGUUGCAGAUUUUCAUGUCAAAAAUUUUGUGUUGAUCCUAAAGAUGAACAUGAAGUUAUUAUGAUUAGUAAUGUUGAAAAUUAAAAUUAUACAUUUUAGAACUCGGAAU